AUGGCCAGCCAGGUGUUGCGGAACCUCAAGUUCCAACUUUGCGACUCUGCAUUUGCUGCACCAUGAAGUCGCGAUGUCUGAAGUCGCAAAGAACAGCUGAUCGCCGAUCGGUCCGAUUUCGAUGGAGGCGCGCCAGGUGGUCGUUGUACAGAGUGAUGCUGCUGACUCUGACUCUGACAUACCUGUUAAGAGACUCCUCAGGAGGAUGAAGAACAGGAAACAUGUGGAGGUCAAGUAUGAGCUGAAGGAUGAGGCCAGCACCUUGCCAGCCAGCGAGGAGCACCAGGCCACAGCAUCAGUACAGAGCAAUGGUGGCAGUGAUGGGGGUGGAGAUGGAGGUAGUGGAUGGGAGCCACCCCUUUGGAAGCAGGUCUUAGAGAACCUCCAGACCAUGAGGGCAGCAAGGGAUGCCCCGGUGGAUAGCAUGGGAGCCGAGCAGUGCAUGGAUCAAGGUGUCAAGCCAAAGGUGUACCGCUUCCAAGUGCUCAUUUCCCUCAUGCUGAGCAGCCAGACCAAGGACCAGGUGACCCAUGCUGCCAUGACCAAGCUGCGGCAGCACGGCCUCACCCCUGACAAUCUCCUUGCCACCCCUGAUGCCACUCUGGGUGAACUCAUAUACCCUGUUGGUUUCUGGAAGAAAAAGGUUGUUUAUAUUAAAAAGACUUGUGAAAUCCUGAAAAGGGAUUAUGAAGGAGACAUCCCAUCCACAGUGAAGGAAAUGUGUCAGCUUCCGGGGGUGGGGCCCAAGAUGGCCCACCUGUGUAUGGACAUUGGCUGGGGCAAGCUGACUGGCAUUGGUGUGGACACUCAUGUUCACCGCAUCAGCAACAGACUGGGAUGGACACAGUGCCCCACCAAGACUCCCGAGGAAACCCGCCUGGCCUUGGAGGCCUGGAUGCCCAAGGAGCUGUGGAGCAACACCAACCUCCUGAUGGUUGGGUUUGGCCAGCAGGUGUGUCUUCCUGUUGGCCCCAAGUGUGGUGAGUGCCUCAACAAGGCUCUGUGUCCCUAUGGCAGAAAUGCUCCUCUCACAUCCCCAAAGAAAGGCUCUCCUAGGAAAUCACAGAAGAGAAAAGGGCAAGAAUAAGUUCAUCAUCACAUCUUGGUAUUCUCAGCACUGCAGAUGUGCUUCAACAUCAAGACAAUGGUCAUGAUGUUGAUGUACUCCUUAAACUGCAAUUGUGAAGGCAGCCAUGCUCACAAACUCAUCCCAAACAGCUUCAUUAUGUGACAUAAAGAGAUAUUGUACAUAUGUUGCAUCUUUUACAGAAUUUACAAGUAGAAUUACACCUUUUUUUUUUUUUUUUUUUAUUAUUCUAGAGAUGAAAAUAAAGAUGUAUUACAAUGCUUUUGAUACAAGAAUUCUCUUAUUCUUAUAUUAUGUACUAUUUGAUAUUUUUUACAUGCUUUUCUUUUUUUUUUUCCUUUCUUCAUUAGUUAGUAUCCUAAGUUAGACAUUUCACAGCUACUACUGGUAAGUAAGGUAGUGAUUUCACAGCUACUACUGGUAAGUAAGGUAGUGAUUUUCAAAUGUAUAAUGAAAGGCAGUCUCAGAGUCUGGCCAUUACCUUCAGUAUUAAGUCCAACCAAAGGAACUCAGGGAUCAUGACUCUUUUUAACAAUGAUGUAUCUUGUCAUAGAAUGAGGAAUGAAAAGCAAAUUUAAUGCACUUUAAAGUGAACUUAAAUAUGUUUGUACUUUUUAAAUUAAAAAGUUGAAUUUCUGGA